CCGAGGCCCCAGCGCGGAGGCGGAGGCGGAGGCGGAGCGCGCAGCCAUGCGGGCGGCCGAGGCGGACGGCGGCGCGGACGGCCUGGCGGACGGCGCUGGAGGCCGGGGCCGCCACGAUGGCAGGGGUGGCCCGGGGGGCCCCGGCGGCGCGGCUGCCGCUGCCAACGACGGAGCUCGGCGUGCCGCGCCGGGGCCGGCCGGAGACCCCGCGUUCACGGCCGGAAGGCCCGGAAGCCGAGCGCACGUCUUCGCCCUGAGCGUGCCUUUCCCGUCCAGCCUGGAGGCGGAGAUCGCCCGCGAGUCCCUGGCCCCCGACGCCGAGCCGCACCGAGGGGCGGUUGGGAAGGAGCUCACGGUGAGCGGCAGCGUCCUGGCGGUCCGCUGGAGAGCGGAGGAUUCCCGCCUCCUCCGAAUUUCCAUCGUCAGCUUUCUUGACCAGCUCUCUCUGGUGAUGCGGACCAUGCAGCGCUUUGGGCCCCCUGUUGCCCGCUAAGCCAGGACUAGGGAAGGGGGUUAAAGUCUGAAUUUGUGUCCCUUCCCAGACAGUGCAUCCCUCUGAGGGCAGUGUUUCUUGCAGUAGUUGCCGUUUUAUUUUGGGGGCCUCAUCUUUUGCCUCUCCUGGACCUUGGGCGCUCAUGGUCCCCCUGCUUUGCUUGGUGCUUGAAUGUUUCUUAGCUGCUGAAAAUAAAACUAAGAUGCUAUGUC